UCACUGUUUAAUUCCUCAGUCGCGUGCGACACGCGCUCUCGCGAGGUCCGUCCGUCCCCUUGACGCACUUUUCUGGCUUAACAGACCCUUCGGAAUUUUCGGACUCUGAUAUCGCCCUCGAUCGGAAUUGUUGAGUGAUUUAGCCUUAAUACCGUUUGGAUAUGAAACUCUGAAAUCAUCGAAAUAUGCGUGACAAGUUCGUCGUCCGUCCGGUUUUGGGUGAGGUGGGGGGCCUACCGAGUCAACUUCCGGAGCUGCAGUUGCAUCCGGACGAGACGGAAAUAGGUAAAAAGACAGUAAUUACGGAUCAGGCUUAUCGUAAGAAUCAGCAGCGGAGGGAAAGCAUCGACGAGGUCGAGGUCGAGGCCGACGAGCGGGCAGCGAAAUGCGGUUGGCUCUGGUUCAGACCUUCUUACCUGCAAAAGUUUCGCACCGCAAAAUGGGCCCUGUUUUGGCUUUGUUGGGCAGGGGCGAUGCAAGGAAUGGUGGUCAAUGGAUUUAUAAAUGUCGUUAUAACGACGAUAGAAAAGAGGUUUGGUCUCAGGUCCUCGCAAACUGGACUCAUCGCUGGGGGCUAUGACAUUGCCAGUUUUUUUCUUCUCGUCCCAGUUAGCUAUUUGGGAGGGCGGUCGAAAGCAUCGAAACCAAGAUACAUCGGAGCAGGAGUCGUUGCCUUGGGUCUCGGAAGCUUGGUUUUCGCGUCGCCGCAUUAUUUGGCCGGAACCUACAGAGGUGGCGAACGAUCCGAAAACGUGUGUCAGGAUUUCACUAAUUCGAGCUACUCCACAAACUCGCACUCUUGCGACGGCCUUAAUACCGAGCACAAUGACGUUGAGCCCUACAGUGGCCUUUAUCUUGCGAUCUUCCUCGUUGCACAACUCCUCCAAGGCGCCGGUGCAGCCCCAUUUUUCACCCUCGGUGUAACCUACAUCGAUGAAAACGUCUCGAAAAAAAUGUCCUCCGUUUACUUGGGCAUUUAUUACACGAUGGCUGUCAUCGGGCCUGCAAUGGGCUACGUCAUCGGUGGAGAACUGUUGAAAAUCUACACCGAUUUCCCCGUCGUCGAUCCUGCAACAAUUGGCCUGACACCGGAUUCGAACGUUUGGAUCGGUGCCUGGUGGAUCGGGUUUCUCGCAGCUGCCGUUAUUUGCUUCGCAGUGGCGAUUCCUCUUCUCGCAUUCCCAGCGAUUUUGCCUGGUUCCGAAGAAUUGGCGAAAGACAGAAUAUCCGAAGCGCAUAAAGGAACUUCCGGUUCCUCCAACGGUACGGAAGAGGCUUUUUCAAAAAUUCGUCAAAUGCCCAAAGAGCUCGCCCAACUGUUGAAAAAUCCAGCCUUUUUCAUGCUCAACCUUGCCGGUGCGAGCGAUGGAUUUUUAAUUGCCGGCUUCGCUUCGUUCUUGCCUAAAUUGAUUGAAAAUCAAUUCUCCGUCAGCGCGAGCUCUGCAGCUCUUUUAAUAGGAUUGGUGACCGUGCCAGCUGGAGGGGGAGGAACAUUUUUGGGCGGCUAUUUGGUCAAACGUUGGAAUUUAUCGUGUUCAGGAAUAUUGAAAUUUUGCCUCCUGGCGACAGCAGCCUGCGUCGUUUUUACUCUGUGCUUUGCCCUCAAUUGUCCAAACUUGGAGUUUGCUGGUUUGACCGUUCCCUAUCACGCUACUCAAAGCGGCCCUCCGAAUCUCGAGAGUACCUGCAACAAGGCCUGCGGCUGUUUCAACGUGGAUUUCGAUCCAAUUUGUGGGUCCGAUGGAAUAACGUACUAUUCGCCGUGCCACGCUGGCUGUCAUCGAGGCAGGACAAUCAAUGACGUCAAAGUGUACGAGGAAUGUAGCUGCAUCGAUGCCGCGCCGUUGAACACGACGAGCACCUCAGAGACUGGGGCUAACGUGAUAACAUCUUACGAGGCCAUUAACACGACUUGUCCGAGUGGCUGCGGCCACUUGUGGCUCUUCGCGGUCCUCGCAUUCGGUAUUAUGUUUAUGACGUUUUUAUGCACGAUGCCAGCGCUCUCGUCAACUCUGAGGGUCGUCAGGGACGAGCAAAGGUCGUUUGCCCUUGGAAUCCAGUGGAUUAAAGUGAGGAUUUUGGGCACCAUACCAGCCCCCAUUAUUUUUGGUGCUCUCAUCGACGACACGUGCAUACUUUGGCAUGAAAGUUGCGAGGACGGCAGGGGCGCCUGCCUCGUCUACGAUAAUUUAUACAUGAGCCGGUACAUGCUGGCCCUCGCAUUUAUCGGGAAAGCUGCUACUUUGCUCUUCUUCUUUAUGGCCUGGUGGUUCUACGUCCCACCAACAACGAGCGACAAAACCUCCGGCAGACAAUCUCAACAGCCGAUACAAUCGAUCUCAACCAUCACCAACAGUGAUAACUCGCUCCCUCCUCAAAACGACUCCACUUCGAAUCACCAACUGCGCGCUCAUCCAACGAUCGUUGGCCUAUCGUACAAAUAAAUAAAUCCCCCUCAGAAAAUUCCUUUUCAUCCUCAUCGACAUCGUCAUAUUAGAUAGCCAGUUAUUCACUUUUCAUUAAACAUAAGACUGAGAAACAUCAAAGCCUUGCUGAAUUUUAUCGAGUUUUGUAUACCAUCGUUUUUUCUAAAUUCAUAUUCUAUUGAUUUUUUUCGGCGGAUAAAUAUUCAUUCGAGUCUUUGAAUAUUUGUAGUGGAACCAAAUAAAUACUGAAUGUUUUUAAACACA